AUGCAAGAUGAUCCUAUUGUUUGUCCAAUUAAAAAGUUUGAGGUAGAAACAUACAAUGCUGUAAUAGAUAUGACUCUAAAUGAAUUGAGUGACCGGUUUGAAACAACAAAUAUUGGACCAUUAAAAGACAUAGCAUUGCUCUCAUAUCGUAGAAUACAAGAAGUGCACAAUGAUCCAACAAUGCUACCCAAAGAUUCAUUUAUAGAGUUAUGUGAGGUCUAUUCAAAAAUUAAUAGAGAUUGUUUGAUUUCUGAAUAUAUGCAGUUUUGUAAAAAUUUAAAUGAAUUUGAAAAUAACUUAAAUUUACCAAAGUUUUUGCAUGAUGUUAGUAAUAAUAAAUCAAGUAAUGAUGAAGAUGAAAAUGAUAAUAAUGAUGACAACAUUUCUAUGUUUGAACUAAAUACGUAUGAUGAUUUAAAUGAAACUUCGAAUGAUAAUGAUCAAAGAGCAAUUAAAAACAUUGGGAGUACUAAAAAAAUUUUUCAAAUGUUUUGUACAGCUAAUUUAACCAGUUGUUUCCCAAAUUUGUAUGUAGCAUUAAAAUUAUCAGUCACUCUUCCAAUUUCAAGUUGUAGUGUAGAGCGUUCAUUCUCAAAGUUAAAACUGAUCAAAACUAAACUUCGAACUUCCAUGCUACAGGAUAGGUUAGAAAACUUGAUGAAAAUCAGUUGUGAAAAAGACUUAAAUCCAAUAGUAGACAAUAUAAUUUUAUCGCUAGCUGGAAAAAGUUCCAGCUUAUGUAAAGCAUUAGUGUAUUAA